UUAUCUUCCGGAUCGCUGACAGCAACCGAGCAACGAAACCGGGAGCCGUUUCAUCGCAGCAGCGAGCCCGGUGUAACCAUCAAGAUUACCGGCCGCGGCGGUUGCGCCAAGUACUGUGGUACAGCUCCAUCACCCGGCAACAUUUCAUUCUCCAGUUUUCGUCAGUCCUUCACCUCCAAUGUCAACUACCUGAAACGGAGGUUCUCAUCAGGGGACCUAAGCUCGGAACUCGACGAUGAGCCCAACGCGGAUCCUGGGUUGGCCACCGUGGGCCGGCAGGACUCGUCUCAGCCGUAUCAAACGGUGCCGGACCGACCCCUGCAAUCCCAGCCGGGUCCGUUACCACCGCCGUCCCAGCCGCCGAUUCCGGGCGCGCCGCCCCAGGGACCGCCGCAGCCCAUCGGCGGCGAUCUCAGUCUCAACCUGAGACCCGGCUCGCGGACCACCAGCGCACCAUCCUCGCCGGCAAAGACAAGGGAGAGUUUGCUCCAACGGGUGCAGAGCUUAACCGGCGCCGCUCGCGACCAGGGUGCUUCUAUUUUGGGAGCGGCGGUAUCUGGCGCGACCAGAGGCUCGUCAUACAGCAAAGACCGAUGCUUCACUCUGCUGGUGAUCGAUGACCAAAACACCGACUGGAGUAAAUACUUCCGGGGGCGCAGACUGCAUGGCGAUUAUGAGAUCCGCGUGGAGCAGGCGGAAUUUCGAGAAGUGUCCCUGACGGCAAGCGAGGCGGGCACCGUUGUGUCCAUGGCUGUCUAUCGUAACGGGACCAAAGUUAUUCGAUCCUUCAAACCUGAUUUCGUAUUGAUACGUCAAAAUCUGCGAGAUGCUGGGGAAGACAACAAGAAUCUUCUUCUUGGUCUGAUGUACGGCGGUGUGCCCAGCGUUAACAAUCUUACAGCAAUUUAUAACUUUCAGGAUAAACCUUGGGUAUUUGCUCACCUGCUGGGACUACAGCGUCGUUUAGGUAAAGACAACUUCCCCCUGAUCGAACAGAGUUAUUACCCCAAUCAUCGCGAAAUGGUGAGCGCAUCUCGAUAUCCCGUAGUGGUGAAACUGGGCCACGCCCACGGCGGAACCGGCAAGGCCCGUGCGGAAACAAAUCAGGAAUUUCUAGAUCUCGCUUCGUUGGCAGCUAUGGCGAACACUUACUGCACGGCGGAACCCUACAUCGACACCAAGUACGACGUGCACGUGCAGAAAAUCGGGAACAACUACAAGGCUUUCAUGCGAAAAAGCAUAAGUGGCAACUGGAAAUCGAACACCGGAUCAGCUAUGCUGGAACAGCUUUCUGUAAGCGAGCGACAUCGUACAUGGGUCGACCAUGUGGCGCAAUUAUUUGGAGGAUUGGAUAUCUGUGCGAUUGAAUUGCUAGUUGGCAAGGACGGCCGGGAACAUAUUAUCGAGGUCAACGACAGCGCGCUAUCUUUAAUGGGUGACUCUCAGGAAGAGGAUCGACGUCACAUCGCGGACUUGGUCACCGCGAAGAUGCAGGUCUAUUGUCGACCUCCAAGCAUGUUAACGAAGACCGCCUCGCGGGGCUCGAUGUCGGGUUCUAGCCAAGUGGGUAGUCCGGUAGAAGAUCGAACUGCACCUCCAACUGCACCUAUGGGAUCCCACGGAAGUAUAGGCUCGAUGGCUAGUAUAGGCAGCUUAGGUUCCAUAGGUUCCACCGCACCACCGAUUACAGCCGAUGUCACCGCCUCGGAUAGUCAUCAUCAAUUGCAACGGCGUGACUCUCAAGCUUCUCAAUCGAGCACGGUGAGCAGCGCGCCGUCCGUCGGCCGACGUACCGAAGAACCACCGACAACCAGAGUGCCGUUCCAUCGACAGGGCAGCCAGUCGCAGGCCCAGGGUGAGGACACCGAGGACACGAUGAAGAAUCUGCGAAAGACAUUUGCUGGCAUUUUUGGGGACAUGUAGACCACAAGAUAUGGCCGACGUAGCGAGAGUGUGGACGUCGGGCACUCUCGCGAUGAGGUAGCUAAUGACAACAAGUCGGCACCAAUAACACGAACUCAUGAAAUUCUCCGACGAUCGCUAAGCAUGUUCCACGAAUGAAGCGCAUCACACUCGACGCGCCAAUCGUGCGAAAGUUGACGCGGAGCGUGUAGAUAUCUAUAUAUUUGCAGAUUGUCGUAGAAAACUCGCGAAAAUGCAUGCUACGCGAAGUGCAUUAAUCAUUUCAAUUUAAUAGAAAGUUAUCGGAAAAUAAGGGCUUCUUCAAUUAAAGUGUUAAAAGUACGAAUAGACCAAAUGACAUGAUUUAAGAUGCCACGAAGCAACUCUCUGGGUAUUUCGCUUAAACUUCUUCAAAGCCCUGGACUUGGACUCGGUCUACUCGCAUUCUUAGCACUUUAAUUAUGAACGUCAAUUAGGCCGAGCGGGGAACAAACCGAUAAUUACUGAUCAGGAAAAAAAACCAAGAUUUUCUCUUUCAACAAUUUAAUAAGCUAACGCGUUGUAUGGUAGCGAGGUAGGCACUGUAUAUUGAAAGCAUCAUGAUCAUGUGUGUAUGUAUACAUUGGGGAAUAAAGUAGGCUCUAUGUAAUCCGUGUACACUCUGACGAAUUAAAAGCUAGGCAAGUUCAGUCGAAGAAAAUGGAAACUCACUUAAUAUCAGCUUGAUGUCAGUUGAAUUACUACCGCGAUAUCCAGUGAAAUUUGCGUCAACAAUAAGCGCGCUUUGUCACUAUAAAAGCAGGAAUCGCUCCGUAGGCCCCUGGCAUCUCCUCAACCGGUUUUACUUCGAGCAUCCACUUUUAGGCUUAACGUUCGGAUCGUCGUGUGUCAUAUUGUCAUUAAGGGAAAAUGCAUUGCGAGAUAGAAAUUAAGGCAGGCAAUGGGCGUCUUUUGGGCGAUCUCGCAAUGUUUGUAAAAAUAUAUUCGUACGCCUAUGUCAUUCGAGAUAAUCGAAGACGACAAAAAAAGAGGAGAUUCGGGCAUUAUUCUGAACAUUUGGCUAACCGAGACUGCAAGCGGUCGUUUGGUUUCAUCUAGGACUACAAGUCGCGAGGACGUAUAUAUAUAUAUAUGCAUAUAUAUACCUAUUGUCUCUAUUAUUAAGCGCACAAGUAGUUUUAAGAUAACCAGGGAUGGGCGAAAUUUUUCCAUAUCGCGAAACGUCGAACUUCUUUAGAUCCAAAUCCAAAUCCGCGAAUUCUUUAUCCGCCAGUAAAGAAUAUAUAAAUUAGUUCGCGGCACACUAAUAAAUUUCCAAUGGAGGAUAUCACGCGUGUAGAUUUUCUGAUAAUGAUAAAAAUUUAUCGUGCAUCCCGAAAGUGGCGACACUUUUUUUUCCUAAAUUUUCGCACGUCGCGGGUUGUCGUUAGAGCUGCACAGGGCGACCACGCCGUCGGUGGAAAAUUCAUGAAAAUUUGGUCGCUGGGUUUUUAGCAUUAAGGAACCGUAUGUAAGCGAUGGAUCUUGGCGCGAGAAAUGAGAAUAAAUGGUCAAAUUGACCGGAAAUUCGGCAUGCGAUUAUGCAACGCGAGACAGAAUAUAUAAUUCCGAUACAUAGAUCUGCAAAUAUAUACAUAUACGCAUAUGUAUGUUCAAACAGACUGAAUGUAAUACCGGCGAGGUAUAACAGUUAUAAGCAUAAUUAAAACUACGCGGAGUACGGUACGAAGAAGGGGCAGUUUUCAUCGAAUCGAUCUAACUUAAUAAAAUAAGACUAAAGAAGAAAUUAGGUGAGACAAUCGACCGUGGUUUCAGCUCUGAAGAAAGGAUAGAUCAACAUUACGCAAUAAUUAUUGCGAAUUUAAAUCCUGCUGAACGGAAGCAGUUGCUAAAUGUGAUAAAACAUUCGAGAAAUAUCAAUUAAUAUAUAAUCAGUUGAUAGAGAUAAAAAGGAGAACGUAAAUUUUAACGACUGACGGGAAGGGCGAUUUAUUUGAAAGUAUGAUCUUAUUUGAAGCGCUGACGAUAUAAAUCGAUCAAGUCACACAUUGAUAUUAGUUAUAAAGUAAAAUAAAUAAGUAAAAUAAACGGGAAAUUAUUGUGUCAUAAUAAAAAAAUUAAAUAUACGUGAAUUAAAGGUGAGGGAAAUAGCCGCAGACGGCAGAAAAUUUCCGAUAUGCUCGUACGUGACCGAUUCGCAAUAUGAAAUACAAAAUAUCUAGAAUUUCUAUGCAAGUCUCUGGGUUUACAUUUUUCGAAAUUUGAUGGAUUUUGUCUAGCCUUCGGGAGGCCAGGGUCCGAUUAGCGCCAUUGAUUUCUUUUUUAUAUUUUCAGCGCUUCAUUUAUAAAACUCUAUGUAACGAAAAUCUGACUUUGUACGAUUUCGUCGUAUCUCUCUUUCGCGGUUUUUUAACUGCAUAAGUAAUAAGUAACUGACAGUUUGAUUUUCAUGUGCCUUGACACUGAAGUGUCCUUCGUAUCACGUUUUUCGCGAUAUCAGGUGACAAUUGAAAAGUGUAGAAGAUGAAACAUUUUUUCGGAGGAACGUAAGUUACGCGACGACGUUGGUAAAGUUCUGCAGAUAAGCAGAAUGAAGUAGGUAUUUUGAGCAGACAUUGCACUUUACCGCGUGAUACUUUUGAUCGUUUGUACUUUUUAUAAAGCUCGAUCUCAUUGCAUUUGUACAUUCGCUGAGACACACUGUUUCUUCACUGACCUUCACCGCGGCGGAGAAGUGUGCGUACCGUCCAACAGCUUACAUCCGUUACAACAUGAACGCAGUGUCGAGAUGCAAGAAUACGUUACGUAAAAGUAAGUUCUUGUAUACGUCAUAAUUUUCGCCGGGAUAAUCGCGAUCCUAACAAUUUUCAAUUCUGCAAUACAUAACGGUAGAUUGUCUUCCAUGCGUUGUGAAUAUUUUCAGCAGCGGAUCUCGUGCAAGUGAAACAGAUGUCUUAGCCCCUAACGUUCUUCUUUUCAAUAGUUUGACGUAGCUUAUAUUUCUGUGAACAUAAUUGCGUCCUUGAAAAUAUCUAAAUGUAAUUCGUAGUUUCUUUUUCAUCAUUUUUUCUCGCACUGAAAACUUCAAGUCUAGCAAGUCUUGUGAUUAGGAAGAAAAAAAAGUAAGGGUCAAACAGGGACACGAAGAUCGCACGAAAGGUUUAACAGCUGGACGCACACAAAAGAGAUCUUUAAUUCCAUUUUCAGAGCUGACGCCACGGUACGGAGAAGAGCAAUCAAACAAUCAUAAUCACGUCACUGCGCGGAGAUCAAUCGAUCAGCGCUAGAUGCGUAGACGAGGUUACAGAUUGAAGAAUAUCUCAGGGGUGCGAAUCUAGGCACUAGAUAAAAAGUAGGAACUAGAAGCAGCAACGUGUAACUACGCGAUGCAGCCUAGUCAAAUCACUGAUGCCGAUUGGAAUCGGCACAACGGAUAGAAUUAGGGUUCGCUUGUUCGGAAAAAAAUCCUUGUAACUGUGAUCUUCGGGAUUGUCUGUAGUGAUGGAGAAUUUUGCGUCCGUAUCUUGUUCGGCUGGUCGCUUUUCUCAGUAAAUUUCUAUAUGCAUAAUUAAUGAGUCUUUUCUGUUUUUCAAUGACUCUCGUUGUUUCUCGAUCUUCGAAAAUUUUAUUUCGCAGCUUUGCAAGUUCUUGAAGAAAAUUUUCAAAAAAGACUUGUCGCAGAUACCAUACCACUAUUUAAAACAUCAGUUGUUGUUAAGUCUUGUGCAAAGUUUAGAAAACAUUAUAAUUAUGUGAUAAAUUUUCAUAAAAGUGAAAAUAUAUUGUUCGAUCAGUAGCGUUCGCUAACACUGAGCUCAAUUGUUAAGAGUAUUUUUAGCUUAAUUAUAUGAAAUUAAUUUAAAGCAAAUUUUCUUAUUUGCAACACAUAUCAUUCAAUACCUCGUUUAAAUGUAAACACGAAGCUGUAAGUUUAAUCUGCAACUGUCGCAAAACGAUCGUUGGAACAAUUGCAAUGUUGAUCUUGAUUAAAUAGCGAUACAGCGUCGGGCAUUUCGUUGCUUGGAUCAUAACUUGGAUCAAAGUGUUAUACAGUGGCAUGUUUAGUUACGGUGACCGUGUGGUGUCGUGAGCAGCAGUAUUUUCAUUUUCCUUUCGAAUGCACCGAUUGCACCGUAGUUCAAGUAAUAACGCACCAGCAAUAUCCGUAGAUUAGCACGGUAGCCAUGCCGCAUCUUCAAUUCUCUAGGAUACUUCUCGUGUUGCUGUGUAUACGUGAUCACGCUACGAAUAAUGAAAAUAAUUGAAUAAUAAAUACCGUUUUCUCUCACCGCGAGCGUGAAUUCGGUCUCAUUGAUCUCGCGCCACAAUAUAUACAUAUGUGUGUACGUGUGUAUAUACAGCACGCGUACUAUGCUCCAUCGAUAAGAUCGCCUUAAUGGGAAUUUCACGAUAAUUUCACUUCUAAUCAUCAUUCAAGAGAUGACACUUAUGUUCGUGCAUUUGACGUCAUCUCUGCUUUUAGGGUCGCAAAUCCUAAAAGUACAUCGACUCUCAGAAACCAUCAAAUCAGCAGCCAUGACUGUAACGAUCGCUGUAGCAAAUUAGUGAUUUCCAUAAUAUCGAUCAUUGUGAAUAUAACGAGAUACUCUUUCGCACGCUCUAUAUUAGAUAAGGCGAGAUACUUCGUGCAACCUGCGAGAUUUAUAAACGUGCAGUUGUAAUAAUUCGUAUUAGAAGGCGGUGAUACAUAGACCGUGUAUCACCGCCUGUAAGAGAUUGCGGUAACGCUGAGAAAAUAUUGUUCGUCGAAAAUCGAUGUAACGAUCUGUAGCAAAUUAGUGUUUUCCAUAAUAUUGAUCGUUGUGAAUAUAACGAGAUUAACGAAGGUAUUGAAGUACAGCAAAAAUUCGGUAGCAAACUGUUCGCAAUUGCAAGCCCAUGUUCCCUCCCUCGUCCAAGAGGGAACAUGAGCUUACUGAAGAACGGUAAAUUAUAAACGAUACCCGUGAUCUCGACGAUCAUCCUUUGAUUAUCGCGAGAGAAUUGUGCAAUAAGUUAUGGAUUCGCGCAUGUUUCACGCCUUUAGAUAGCGUAACGCUCGUAUAUACAUAUAUAUAUAUAUAUAUAAAUAUAUCUAUAUCCUUCACUGCGCUUUCCGAGCAUUCGUCACUGUACAUCGAGGAGAAAUCUCUUACGUACAUAUCAUCCUGGCGGUACGAUCGCUGAGCUUCAGUGCCUCCUUUCCUUCUCUUCGCUUUAGAUUAACAGUAGUAGCAUGGGGUCAUCCAUUUACAAUCCUAACGUUAUCCCCUUUACCCUUUACCUCCCAACGAAAAUGGUAGAAUAGUUAGAUAUAUUAAAAUCUAUACGUGUUAUUGCGAAUUACAACACGCGGUGUGUCUUAAGAUUAACAAAAAUGUCUUUGCUAAUUGUCUGCUAAUUGCUAAGAUCGUCCUUAUGCUAGUUAGAAAGCCACUUGUAACAAUUGGCUUCACUUUAACCGACGCUUAUGAGAACAGUUCUCAUAAUGAUGUCACGCAAGACUCUAUGCGACUGCUGUUACAAACAAGCGAUCGGAUUGCUACAUUUUGAAAACAUUGAAGAAAUCUCGAUGUAGAAGACAGAGGGGUUCCAUUGUCUUGGUGCAUUUGGUAGCUAGCUACUUUACGGGAUGCGCUCGUUAAGGCCGACACAAACACCAAAAUUUGUAACUUUGUAAGUGCUUCACAACGAAAGCGGCAAGAGGCGCAUUUUCAGCGGUUGUAUACUUUUAUUUCGCAUCUGAGCUGAGGAGUAAGCCAAUAGGAUAGAGUACGCAUCAUCGAUUUACCCCCGAUUACACGACGGCUCGUCUCUCGAUAAUACUCAAUGCGUAAUUCUGUGUGUAACGAAUUUAAUGUUAAAGUAUGGUUACGGCGAGUUACGGAUAGUAACUCAAGAUAAAAAAAAAGUAUCUCAAUUCCGUAGCGUGUGGGCGCGACGAAAAUACAUGUACGUAUACGUCGCAACCCAGUAGUGUGUGUUACCUCCUUGAUUUCAAUGCGUGCUAGCCCAAUACGUAUGACAUCCAAUCAUACACAUAUAUAGGCACAUAUACAAAAAAAUUUAAUCGUAUCGUAACGCUAUAUAAGUAAUAUUACUGUACGGUAUGAUAUCGAUGUUACUUAAUCCUUUAUCAUUAAAGUCAGCCUAACGUGCCAGGAAAGCAAACUAAUAAUAAGAUUUACACUGUUAAUCAAUGUGAAUGUCGUUGACUCGCUGAUGAUUCACCGCUCUUACUCAACAUAUCGUUAAUUUAAAUAAACAACGAGCUAGAAGCAACUAUUAAAUGGGUUGAUUAGCAUGUGAUUGCUUCUUAACUGCAUUUUGUGUUAAAAUAAUAAAUUUUAACAUGCAAGACAGUGAAAAAUAAUGACAUAUUGAGGAGGAGCGGUGGCGACUCGUUACUGAGUCAAAUAUAACGUUACGAAUUUAACAGUGUAGUAAGUCGUGUAAACGAACAUAAACCCGAGUCCAACUAUGUAGAUUACGUAGAUUUAUAUAGAUUUAUGUAGGUUCGUUAGGGAUUUGAAAAAUUAACAUAAUUGGUCGGGCGUUCGAUUAUGCAAAUCGAUUAUAAUAUACAUAUAAUCUAAAACAGAUGCGUAGAUUAGUAGGAUGUCGACGAAAGGGCGGCCCGUGUUCAUCGCGCUUUCUCGAGCGGAAUGAUCCUUACCGGGCGCGAGCACGGUUGAUCGUGCUACCAAAGAGAGGAAGGGAGAAUCGAAAUGUGACGCUUCGAUGACCACGAACGGACCACCCACGCGGGAGAAAGGGUUGAACCGAGGUCCAUGGAUCGACUCGUUGGCCGCCACGUGCUCGAAAACCACCGUGACUUUCGAAUUGGCUGACAUUCACGCGGCGGCCGACGUUUCGACGAACCUUGAAUCGAGGCUGAAUACCAACGGUGAUGACUUCUGACAUUACCGCGUGCGAAGUGCGAUUCAAUCGUCGUGUAAAAAAAAAUAAAUGAUAGAGUUGUAAUGGAUGAUGAGCACGAGCGGAGGAUUCGUUACGGAUCGUGGUGAUCUCGAGCGUAAUGCAACACAAAUGCAAGGUAUACCAAUACGAGGAUCUGAAUGAACGGCGGCCUUUUUGAUAUCUGUUCCAAUUACAGAACUUUAAUAUGCUUGCAUUAAUUAAAUAUUAUUUUAGAAUAGAUUUAAUAACGUCGCUAUUAGUUUAUAUUUUACGGUUUCGUUGCAACUUGCAUACUUUCCAUUAAACGAACUAGAUUUAACCGCAUCGAAGGUCGGUCAGGUAAUUUAAAAAAAAACUAAAAGGUGAAUACCUUUGCACAAUUUAUCCGAAAUGGAGAUUACUGAAUUUUUACUUUAUGAAAUGAUAAGAUGUGAUAGCAAAUAAUUUUUCAUGAUUUGAACGGUGGAAAAAUUGAUGAUUACGAGGGUUUGUCCGCUGAUCACAAGAUUGAUGCGAAAAGAAUAUGCAGUUCGGUAAGAGUCCAAAGAGAGAGAAAUCGCGAAUGGCGCGGCGCGUUACCUUUUAACGAUAAACUUUUAACGGUACUUAUAAAUCUAUCUAAGCGUAUUUUUAGUAGUUCACUGAAAGGACAACGAAUCAACAGAGCGAAUACGUGUCCUGAGCGGUGGAAACGGGUGGAAACUAACAAAAUGGAAGAAAGAGAUCGAAGGACGCCUAUGUAGAGCAACCGCGUAGUACGUCGCGCGCGCCCGUAGAUUAGCGCGCGCUAAAAUUAUCAUUGAAAAUCUAAGUAACGGAGUAGCUUCUCCCCGCUAAGCGCGAUGGGGGAGGAAUUAGAUCACAUACAUAAAAUGCGAGUUCUAUCUGUCAUCGUUAAUUACUAAGGAUUAUCAGAGCUUGGCAAAGAGCUCUGAGAUGAAAUCAAUAUGAAAUGAGUUCUGCAAAUGUAAGAAUACAAAUUUAUAGCCUCUAGUGAGUACGCAAAGAAGUGUAGUACAAUAUUAAUGAGAACGUGUAUAACGAGAACAUGUAUAAAAAUAUAUAAAGAAUAUAUAAAUAAUAUAUAUAUAAAGACAAAUAUAUAUAACAAAUAUAUAUAAAUGCGAACGCAUAUACAAAUACAAAAAUAUGUAAUUAUUCCUAUGGUAUGAUAUGCAACGUUAAUCAUUAGGUGCACGUAAGAUGGUCGUUGCGCUCGUGCACUUAUCGCUUCAUCAAAGAUUGAUGAUGGAAAUAUCUUGAAAAUAAUGAAGCGUGAAUUUGGCUGCGCUGAUAAAAAUUUCAAUGUUCUACUUGUUAAAAAAUUCGCUCGAUUCAAGCUACUUCUAUUAACGAAGAGCGAAAAGCGCGAUGAGCAGCGAGCAUCAACGUUCAGUGAGUUCAGUGCUGACAAUGUCCUUUUCGCAAUAGUUAACGAGAUGAAAUAUAGAAGUAGAGAGUAGAUCAUUUUCGGGACGAGAUACCUCAGUCGAAGCAUGCUGUUUUUCGCCUAACAUAUGCUAAUAUAAAAACGGCGUUUGAUGCGAAACAUCCGAUAAAUAUUGAAGAUCAAUUGGAUGAAGUUAUCGAUUUAAUUUUAAUGUAAGGAUAUUGGACUCUUUGUUUUUUGGCGCAAUAUAUCCAUAUUUGCGCAGUUUUGUAAAACUUUUGUAUCGGUAUUAUGUAUAUUGCGAUAAAAGUGCGAGAAAUUUGUGUCGCUAAAAUAAAACGCAAUAUCCAUUAAGACUUCUCGAUUGUUAAUCACGACUGUGAAAUGGUAAUACAUUGCGACGAGUAUUUUCAUUUAGCAUUUAAUAUAACAUUUUUUCAAGAACAACGAUUUAAUGAUACAAAUACGGACGAAAAUUAUGAUGAGAUUUUUUGUAUUAUUAACGUUUUAUCUAUAUGGUUGACGGAUACGGUAACAGUUUCUUAGAAUGUUAAACGUUUCGAUGUGGUUCGUAAUUAACCAAACAGAAAUAUCAAUAGAAUAAUAUCUAGCAAUUAACGCGUCAGGCAGUUUUCUGAAUAAUAGAAAACUCGUCAAGACAAAACAGACUGUAACGAAUCUCAAAAAAAAAUAUUUACCCCAUAAUAGAUUAGAAAACAUUUUCAAUGUUUCCUAGUCGUUAUGGUUGUUAUAAUAAAUCUUACUCCCAA